CAGACACCUGAAAGGUCUCUCCUUGCUCUCAUCUCCGCAACAGCAAUGAUUAAAAAAACCUGACUCCGCUGGAAGGGCAAGAAAAAACUGCAAUAUAGGGGAUUUCUGGAGACCAUCCUAAUCCAACCUCUCUGAGCCAAAUGAAUCAGCAGCGUCUUAUUCCACCCGGCGGGAUUAAUCGGUGUUCGACCAGGCUCCAGGAAAGCGAGGUGGGCCACGAUGGGCUCGGUGGGAGCCGAGCGCUUCAAGGAGCUGAGCCCGGCGGGAACGCCGGAGGGCAACGUGGUGAUGAGCUUCAGCUUCGACAGUUACCAGCUGGAGGAGGACGAGCUGCAGCGGGGCAGCCAGGCCAAGGGCAUCCUCACCUUCAUGGAGCCGGUUUCUGAGGAUCCCGAGCCCCAGGAUCGAUACCAUGGGAUUUACUUUGCCAUGCUGCUGGCCGGGGUGGGAUUUCUCCUGCCGUACAACAGCUUUAUCACCGAUGUGGACUACCUGCACCAUAAAUACCCAGGGACCUCCAUCGUCUUCGACAUGAGCCUCACCUACAUCCUGGUGGCCUUGGUGGCCGUCAUCCUCAACAACGCGCUGGUGGAGCUGCUGAGCUUGCACACCCGGAUCUCCGUGGGCUAUCUCUUCGCCCUGGGGCCCCUGCUUUUUGUCAGCAUCUGCGACGUCUGGCUGGAGCUCUUCACCCGCAGGCAAGCCUACGCCAUCAACCUGGUCGCUGUCGGGGUGGUGGCCUUUGGCUGCACAGUGCAGCAAUCCAGCUUCUACGGCUACACGGGGCUCCUGCCCAAGCGCUACACGCAGGGAGUGAUGACGGGCGAGAGCACCGCUGGGGUCAUCAUCUCGCUCAGCCGUAUCUUCACCAAGCUGCUGCUGUCAGAUGAGAAGGAGAACACGGUCAUCUUCUUCUUCAUAUCCAUUGGCAUGGAGCUGACAUGCUUCAUCCUCCACCUCCUGGUGAAGCGCACCCGCUUCGUCCGCUACUACACAGCCUGCUCCCACAAGGGUCUCCCCGAGACCCGGGGGGCCGGCGACCGCGGGACAGGCUACCGUGUCCACCACGAUGUCACCGCCGAGGAUGUCCGAUUUGAGAACCGGCACCGGGGGCCGUCGAGCUCCCCCCGGGGCAGCCCGGGCCCCGAAGCUGAGCUGGCCGGCAGCGGCACCUACAUGCGCUUUGAUGUCCCUCGGCCCAAAAUCAAGAGGAGCUGGCCCAGCUUCAGAGACAUGCUGCUCCACCGCUACGUCGUGUCCCGGCUCAUCUGGGCCUACAUGCUCUCCAUCGCCAUGACCUACUUCAUCACGCUGUGCCUCUUUCCCGGGCUGGAGUCGGAGAUCCACAACUGCACGCUGGGGGAAUGGCUCCCCAUCCUCAUCAUGGCCAUCUUCAACCUCUCCGACUUCGUCGGCAAGAUCCUGGCUGCCCUGCCCUACGACUGGAGAGGGACCCAUCUCCUCGUCUACUCCUGCCUCCGUGUGGUCUUCAUCCCCCUCUUCAUCAUGUGCGUCUACCCCAACGGGAAGCCCACCUUCAGCCACCCCGCCUGGCCCUGCAUCUUCUCCCUCCUCAUGGGCAUCACCAACGGCUACUUCGGCAGCGUCCCCAUGAUCCUGGCUGCCGGCAAAGUGAGCCCCGAGCAGCGGGAGCUGGCAGGGAACACCAUGACCGUGUCCUACAUGACAGGCUUGACGCUGGGCUCAGCUGUGGCGUAUUUUGCCUACAGCCUCACCAGUACGUCCCACAGUACCUGUUUCUACACCGAAACCUCCAACGGCUCCUUUACGUCGGGGUACUGAGCCCCGGGGUGGGGCGAUGGGGACAAGAUGGGACCUGCUUCCCACAAUGGUCCCCACCGCCCCGCUUGGUCCGUGUCCCUCCUCAGGGAGGGAGCCUGGAGCCAGAAAGCUGUCCCAGGGCGGACAGGGACAGGCAUCCCGUUGGCAUGGGGUUGUGGCAUCCCGAAACGGCCCGUGCUGCCCAGCCAGGCGCUGUGCAGGGCCACUUCUUGGGGUGACAUUCCCCCCAGCCUGGGGGACGGUCCCAUUGCUCUUGGGGGGCUCCCCAUCAGCGAUGUGCAGCUCUCCAGUGGAGGUGUGGGGAGGGUGUCUUCUGUUUGAGCCAAGCCCUUGCCAGGAGGAAGAAAAUACUGCCAAAUCCCAAAGGGAAUAGGACCAGCACUGGGGAGAAGGGUGAUGGAGGGCUGGUGAGGAAGAGGAGGAACAAGAGAGGAAGGAAAUGCUCCUUCAGUCCCUGGUGGCUUUGGGAAGGUGGGUCUUGGCUUUCAUUGAUGGUGCUGCAGGUUUUCACCAAGAAUGGCUUGAAAUCAUGAUCCCUCCCCUCAUACACCAAUCGCUGUGUAAAAGACCAAAUUCACUUCUGCUGGUUGGAAAAAAAAUCUUUUUUUUUUUUUUUUUUUUUUUUUGGUUGUGUCUUGGUUUUGCCCCCCUAACUGCGAGAGGCAGGGUCUUGCCUCCCCGUACCCCAUGCUGCCCCAUCACAAUGGGGCAGAAGCGGGGGGGGGUCUCUCGAGGCCCCAGCACUGCCACUGCUGAGCUUCAAGAUUUAGUGCAAAGGACAUAAAUGAAGCCGACGCCAAAUUAAAUGUCUUUGCACCGAUACCUGGUUGUUAGCCGUGCCACUGGCACUGGCACGGCCCUGGCACUGUAGGCACUUGGCUGCUGGUGAUGGGCUGGGCUGGCAAACACACACAGGGUGAUGCCUGCUGCCUGUCCUGUGGGGUCUCGGGGUGCCCCUUGUGCUGCUCCCCAUCUCCAGGGUCCCCUCUGUCACCUGGGGUGGCUGGACCUGUCACCGGGUCCCAUCGAACCUGUGCCAGCCUGCAAACUGCUGCUGAAGUGCAACACCUUUACGGGCAGCAAGAGGGAGAGAGAAUGGGCUGAGCGGAGCAGAAACCAUCUAGAGAAGGAGCGAACAGCAGAGGCUGCCGCUUUUUGGGACCGGCGGCACCUCGCUGUGCCGGGAGUCGGCGGGUGGCACCUCCCAGGGAAGCAAAGCCCAAGGGCUGGAAGCAGCAGGAGCAGGAGGAAGCAAGCACCAGGCUUCGGACCCUCGACCCGGCCCCACCAGCACCAGAGGGUCUCGCCAUGCCAAGCCCUCGGCUGGUGGAAGUGCAGCUCACACCAAAAAGAGCAAAUCCAGCGUUUCAUCCUCAACACAUCGUCCCUGCAGGGCUCGGGGGUACGGGAGUUGCCGUGAGAGUGGUCGCAGGGGAAGGACUCGCACCUCCUGCCCCACAGGUCCCUGUGAGCAGAGACGACUGCUCCGGGGUCCGAUCCUGUCCAUCGGUGCCACCCCACAGGGGAACUGUAAGACGGACGGGGUCUCCCCGAAGAGCCACGCGACGCCUUGGUUGGGUCUUUCCCCAACCACAAGGCAGGGGCUCAGCCAAAAAGCGAUCAUUGCCACCAAGGUGGAGAGAAACCCCGCAGUCAGGACGAGCGAGACAAAGAAAGAUGCUUCGUUGGUUUGCUUUUUUUCAAUUAAUUUUUUUUUUUUUUUAUGAAAAAAGAUCACACGGAGUUCUCCAACAAACAGAAUGCCAAAAAAAUUUUUAAACAAAACAUAAACAAAACAAAACAAAAAAAAAAAGACAAAAACCUGGCUCUCCUUUCCUCUCGAUUGUCUGAAAUAUCCUUGUGUUCCAUAGAAGGCAGUGGGUUUUAAGUGCUUUCUAUUUAACAUUAGCAUAAAAUCUCUCUCGCGCGCUCUCUCUCUCGCUCUUUAAAAUAUGCUCACACAAUUUGCUUCUAGAAGUACAGUACACUUUGAGCGUGGGGGGUGUGCCUGUUCCCAGAUCAUUUACAAUCACAAUCCAACAGGAAAUAAAAAAUAAUAUUCUAAACGUCA